AUGGAAGAUUCAACUACCCCAAAAGAAACUGAUUCAUCCAACAAUUUCUUCAAUUUCCUCAGCUCUGAUUUAACCGAACUCAUCUUAGCUCGCCUCCCAGUUCGUUCAAUCAUCCGUUGCUCCGCCGUAUGCAAGCUAUGGCACUCGAUCAUCACCGCCCCAUUGUUCUCCGCCUCCGCUGCAGCACCCCCCUGGUUCUUCCUCUACGGCCAAAACAACAUUUUCGUGAAAAACAAUCAAGCGUUCGCAUUCGACCCUGAUUCGAACGAGUGGAUCAAGCUCCCCACAACUCUGUUUCCCGUUUCAAUUUCGCAGGAAUCAUCCUUCAUCGGUUCCGGUGGGUUUUUCUUCAACACCACUGCUAAUAAUUUCAGUUUUGCCCCAAUUUUAAUACCCUCAUGGCGAGAAACAACACCUCUGAAAUUCUCCCGUUUAAACCCUCUGGUAGGUGUUAUCAGUUCUGAGUUUUCAUCGAAUUCGAAUCAAAACAAUCUGUUUGAACAUAAUUUGAAUUUGCCCAAGAUUAUUGUUGUGGGUGGUGUUAGAUUCAUUGGUGGUUUGGUUGAUAUUGAAGAUAAUUUAGCGGUUGAAAUUUAUAAUCCAACUUUAGAUUCGUGGGAUCUUUGUCCACCGUUGCCAGCGGAUUUCCGGUCAGGCAACUCUUCACAAUCACUGUCUUCCGCUUUUUUCAAAUCGAAAUUCUACGUAUUCGGUAUACAUUCAUGUUUCAUUUCAUCCUUCGAUUUAAACAAUCGAGUUUGGAGUGAAGUUCAAACACUCCGCCCACCAGGUGUGAUCACAUCAUUCCUAAUAUCUUGCCGGAAUCAGCUUAUGUUGGCCGGAUUAUGCAACAAUCCUCAUGGACCUUCGUUUAAUCUAUGGAGAAUUGACGAAUUAACAAUGGAGUUUAGUGAAGUUGCGAUUAUGCCUCCUGAUAUGCUCAACUGUUUGUUUGAUAGCGAUGAAGAUGAUAGAUUUGCCAGCUUGAAAUGUGUUGGAGUUGGGAAAUAUAUAUUUGUGUUUAACGAAGAACAUCGCCGGAAUUACCCUGCUUGUGUAUGUGAAAUUAGCUCUGAUUCCAAGCAGUGUAGAUGGAGGAGGAUCCCUGAUUUGCCUGAACCGGUGAAUAGGUUUCAUAAGGUCAUCAGUUUUUGCUCAACUAUUUCACUUCGCUGGAUUCUUGAUGGUGAAGUUGCUUAG